ACAGAGUCUAGGUUGUUUUUCUUUUUGUCCCCAGGGUUCUCUCUUGCCCUGUGGCUUCUGCCUGGAUUUGGUCACUGGGGAGACAUAGCAGAAGAUGCAUGGAAGGAGAGAGGAGAGAGGGGUCAAGGAAUAGUGCUCAGCAAUUCCAGCUGAGGAACAAUAUUCCUCAAGGACUUUCCUUGGGCAGAAGCUCACACUUCACUCUUCCUUCUUCUGGAUCUUCUCCUGGUGGAUGCAAUGGGGUUCAUCUGGAAACUUCUCUGGAAGAAAGAGUGAGAAUGCCAGACCAAAGAGAAACUCCAAAGAGAACUCAGCUGGAGAAAAGGCAAGAAAGUGGAUGACUGUUAACAUUAACGGAGAGCUAUUGAUUCCCUUCAUUCUGUGGGCUGUGAUCUUCAGAUGGGACUGUCAAGAGAUGAAAAUGGCAAGUUCCCUACACAUCCCUCUGCUCAACCUCCUUGUCUGUGUCAUCUUGGUCCAGCUGCUUACCCCUUGCUCAGCUCAGUUUGCUGUGGUUGGACCCUCUGGGCCCAUCCUGGCCCUCAUGGGUGAAUAUGCUGAUCUGCCCUGUCAUCUUUCCCCGAAGAUGAGCGCGGAGAUCAUGGAUCUGAUGUGGGUGAGAUCCAGCCUUAGGGAGGUAGUAUACGUGUAUGCAAAUGGGGAGGAAAGAGAUGACGAACAGAUGGCAGAGUAUCGAGGGAGAACUUUGAUUUUAAGAGAUGACAUCACUGAAGGGAAGGCUACUCUCCGAAUUUACGACGUCAGAGCCUCUGACAGAGGGAGCUACCGGUGUUAUUUCCAAGAUGAAAACUUCUCUGAAAAUGCCGUAAUGGAGCUGAAGGUUGCAGCACUGUGUUCUGAUUUUCACAUUGAAGUGAAGAGUUAUGAGGCUGGAGAGAUCCAUCUGGAGUGCAUGUACGAUUGCUGGUAUCCUCAGCCCCAAAUACAGUGGAGAGAUGCCAAGGGAGGGGAUAUUCCAGCUGUGGCAGCACCUUUGGUUGCAGAGAGAGCUGGUCUGUAUGCAGUCGCAGCAUCUGUCAUAGCGAAAGGCAGCUCUGGGGAAGGGGAAUCUUGUAUCAUCAGAAAUCCCCUCCUCAGCAAGGAAAAGACAGCCAGGAUUUCCAUUGCAGACCCCUUCUGGAGGACCUGGCCCUGGAUCACAGCCUUGGUGGGGACACUGUCCAUCUUGCUGCUGAUUCUUACGGGGAUGGGUUACUUCCUGUGCCGACAGCAGAAGGAGAAAGAGAAAGAGCAAAUGGAAUCAGAGGACCUCCAGCAUGAACUCAAGUGGAGAAAGAUCCGGUACAUGGCUCGUGGAGGGAUGUCUCAGGUCUAUGCUGAAUGGAAGAUGGCCCUCUACCAAGCUGGUGAGUGA